AUGGAUCCUCAGCUAGUCAUCUCUGGAGCGGACUCCUGGUCAGACACACCUGGAUAUGAGGUCCCAGAGCAGUACUUCACAUCGGAUAAUCUUUAUCUAUCUUUACAGGCUACAGCGGAACAGAUUCGACUAGCACAGAUGAUAUAUGAUAAAAGUGACAAAGACUUUGAAGAUAAAGUUAAACAGCUAAUGGAAGUGACUGGCAAGAAUCAGGAUGAAUGUAUAGUGGCACUACAUGAUUGUAAUGGAGACUUAACCAGAGCAAUAAAUAUCCUUUUAGAAGGAAAUUCAGACACAACAUCUUGGGAGACUGUAGGAAAAAAGAAGAGUCUUGGAAAGGAUGGAUCAGAAAAUAAAGAAAACAGAGAGAAACGAGGCAGUGACAGAGAAACAAGUAGAGGACGUGGGAGCUUCAGCCGUCGAGGACGUGGUGGUAGCCGUGGGCGAGAGUGUACUUGGAGAAACUCUAUGGAAGAGUGGAUUACUGAAGAUUGGAAUGAAGAUCUUUCUGAAACAAAGGUGUUUACAGCAUCUUCCACUCAGUCAGUGAACAGUCAUAUCACACCUGGGCAAAGUAUUGAUCUCGUAUCCCUACUUCAGAAGCCUAUUCCCAGCAGUCCAACUGUGGAAUCAAAUUCAUUUGAAACUCCCCAGCAGCAGAGCUUCACUCAGGCCUUGAUUUUCACAAAUUCACAGCAUAAUCCACAGAUGGCGACUGGAAUGGUUAACUCAUCGAGUAUGAGCCCCUAUUCCCCUCAGAGUCUGGAGUUGAAAUCGAGAGAGGAAACUGUGGACCCAACUCCAGUCUUGCAGGUACAUCUUGAGUCCUCAGUACUUUGUCCUGGGUUUGAAGACCUUGGAACUUCUAAACUAACCAACUCAUCUGGCUCACCAAUCUUGGACCAGUUUAAACCUUGUUUGGAGCAGCUUAAUGUGCAGACUAUUCAGCAGAACAGUUGCAGUUCAUCUUGGGAUAUCAAACCUCCUGCUACUCAGCCUCCUGUUCUUAGUCAAUUUGACUUUAAGUCCCAACCCGAGCCAUCCCCAGUUUUGAGCCAGUUGACACAACGACAGCAACAGGUUCAAACAUCCCCUGCCCCUCCUCCUGGACUUGAACCCUUCUGUCAAAUGAAACUGCGAUCCCAGUCACCAGCUGAGAGCAUAGAAACUGCUAGCAAGAUUCUGCAGCUGCCUAAUGUUUCUUCAGACAACCCAGCAUCUUGUGUUCAGCAGACGCAUCAAAAGCAGAUCAAACAACAGAAGCGAAGAAUACCUCAAGUGUCAAAAAGGUACUUAACCAGUGGUUUUCAAGUGGUGAUGGCAGCCUUUUUGGGGAGGUCCAUGUCUGUUUUAGUUAAUCUUUUGUUACAGAAUGGCUUUAGUGGGGUUAGGUCAUCAGAAACAGUAGAUGAAUUUGCUUUAGCUACAUCAGUGCCAUCUUCAAAGUCUGACUCGUCAUCUUUGCCAAGUGUGGGGGCAUUGUGUAAUAGUGUAUCCAGUACUACUACUACUGCUGCUGCUACUUCUGCCAUUGCUUGUACAUGCACUAGUACUACUACCAGUACUGCUGCUACAACUUGUCCUUCCCUUCUACCUUCAGUUUCCCAGAAUUCCAUUAAUUUGCCAAGCCUUACCCAGCCUAGUGAUUUGUCUAGCAGCUCAGUGUCACAACUAAACAGUUCAUUGCCGAAUCACCAAAACAGCAGCCUUUCUUCCUCAACAAUGGCUUCAAGCACUUCACAUCCUCACACUAAUGUCGAUAGUCCAUCUCUUCAAACCUCUGUGGCCUUCUCAACCAUGGCAACAUCAGCUACAAGUACUACCAAUACUGCUGUGAGCAUUGCUAAUAGUUUAAACACUACAAGUAGCUUGGGAAUGAAUGCUACCACUAUGUCUUUACCUUCUACUACAACACGGACAACACCUGUUGUUUCUUCAGGAAAAGCUCCCCCCAAUCUUCCUCAAGGAGUGCCACAGCUGCUACACAACCAGUAUAUUGUGGGGCCAGGAGGGAUUCUUUCAGCUUAUCCUAUUUAUGGGUAUGAUGAUCUGCAGAUGCUCCAGUCCAGGUUGCCAGUGGAUUACUAUGGAAUUACAUUUCCUGCUCCUGCUGCUGCACUUACGGGUAGAGAUGCAAGCCUUGCUAGUGGUCCAUAUUCUGGUGAUGUGACAAAGUUUGCCCGAGGAGAGACUGCUUCUCCAGCACCUACAACAACACUAGCUCAAGCUCAGCAGAGUCAGACACAAACGCAUCAUACUGCUCAGCAACCCUUUCUAAAUCCUGCUCUGCCAGCAACCUAUAGUUAUCCUGGUUUGCCAUAUUAUGCAGGGAUGCCUGGAGUGCCCAGUGCUUUUCAGUAUGGACCUACAGUGUUUAUGCCUCCAGCAGCUGCUAAGCAACAUGGAGUAAAUUUAAAUGCAUCAUCUGCUCCCUUUCAGCAAGCAAGUGGUUACAGUCAGCAUGGCUAUGGAACAGGGUUGUAUGUAAAUUGCUUUUACUCAACGGCAGGUUAUGAUGACUUAACCCAGGGAACAGGAGCUGGUGAUUACAGCAAAGCAGGCUACAGUGGAUCAUCUCAAACGCAGAACAAAGCUGCUGCUGCGGCGGCAGCUGCCGCUGCUGCCGUCGCUGCUGCUGGAGGACCUGGAAAAGGUAAUAGCAAACACACACGACACAGAAUUGGGUGA